AUGAGAAGCUGGGUCCGGGCACUCCACGUCUCCCGCACCGUAUUGGCGGCCCCGAAGCCGGCAGCGCUGGUGGUGCUGUCGUGCCCCGCCGGCACCGUGCUCAACCUCAAGAUCAAGAAGCUGGGCGACGAACCGGUGGCCCUUGAAGACGCCGAGUACCCCGAGUGGUUGUGGACGCUUUUGGACAAGCAGAAGAAGGACGCCGACUUGAAGGAGGCCGACAUCAUGAAGUGGAGAAAGCGCCAGUUGCGCAAGGCCAACAUCAAGCGCAUCAACAACAACAACUUCUUGUCGAAGAUGUGA